CUUUUGCAGGGGAUCUUGGAUAACCAUGAAGGGGUUGUGGAUUACAUCAACCAUAGGGGAGUAUCUGUAAUACUCUUGCUCAGAAGAAAUCAUCUUCGCCGUUUGGUUUCUCUAAAAUCGAACAAUCAUGACGGCAAAGUCAAGGGAUUGAAUGGGACUCAUAAAGCUCAUGUUAACUCCAAACAAGAGGCAGAAAUCCUUGCAAGCUACAAGCCCAAACUUGAUGUAAAGCGUUUAAUCCCUGCCUUGGAACAUAUGGAGAUGUUGGCUGCUGACACUCUACGAAACUUCAGUGGCACUCGCCACAUGGUCGUCUAUUAUGAAGAUCUUGUUCAAAAUCAGACUCAAACAAUGAAGGACGUGUUGGACUUCCUCAAGGUGCCUGAGAGAACAUUGACUAGUGGGCAUGUAAAGAUACACACGAGGCCACUUGCACAACAGAUCAAGAACUGGAGGGCUGUAGCGAAGGUCAUCAAUCGCACAAAAUAUAGAAGAUUUAUUACUGCUAAUGACUAUGAGAUUUAGAUCAUGAGAUCAGUUGGCUUGAUGUUGAAUAGCUUCUCAUUCUAUUUACCUUUUUUUCUGCACUUUAUUGCUUGAUCGAGCAAUAAAGUGAGAUUGAUUGGGUGAAAGAUCUAUUGUUGUAGAUCUUGAAAGUGUAACUAUUGUUCUUGUUGUUUGUAGAAAUUGUGGAUAAUUUGCAUUUGGAUUUAUGUAGUAUUGCAUGUUGUUCA